AUAUAAGAGAGAUUCUACUUCUAUAGUUGCAGAGUGCCACAAUGGGCCACAGUAAACUCUUAACACGCAUUCAUGAUAAGAUGUUUUAUUUGUAGUUCAUGGUUGUUACAAAAAUGAUAAAAUCACAUUUUCAUUCCACAUGAAAAUGGUAUUGCUAAGAUGCGGCAGUAAGUUGUUAAAAAGUAGAAACUUAAUUUUUUUACAACAGAGAAAUCACAUUAGAAAUGGAAACGUACAUGGGGCGACUCAAUCGAACGAAUUUGAAGAACAAACAGCUGAAAUACAAUUAUCCGAUGGGAAAAAGAUUAGGUUUUCAACUGGAAAGUUUGCCCGAUUCGCAGGUGGAUGUGUUACUGCAAAAUUUGGCGAUACAUCAGUUAUGUCUAUUGCGGUUAGACAAAAUGAACCAGUUCAUAGUGAUAUGAUUCCUCUAACAGUGGAUUAUCGACAGAAAGCAGCUGCAGUUGGCCGUAUACCAUCAAAUUAUUUUCGUAGAGAUCUACGUCAAACAGAGCAUGAAAUUCUUACAAGCAGAUUAAUAGAUAGAUCAAUACGUCCUUUGUUUCCUAAAGAUUAUCGUUAUGAAACACAAAUAACAUGUAAUUUAUUGGCUGUUGAUGGAUUUAACGAUCCAGAAGUGUUAGCCAUCAAUGCAGCAUCAGCAGUUCUAAGUAUCUCAGAUAUUCCAUGGAAUGGUCCAAUAGGAGCUGUGAGAAUUGGACUCAUCGAUAAUCAGUUUGUAGUUCAUCCUUCUAGACGUGAUCUUCAACAUAGUAUUUUGAAUCUUGUAGUGGCAUGUACAUCUAAAAAUUUAGUUGUUAUGAUUGAAGGAUCUGCCAAUGAUAUUUUAGAGCAAGAUCUCCGUAAAGCUAUACGUUUAGCUGCCAAGGAAUGUCAGCUAAUCAUAAGUUCUAUAAUAGAGUUGCAAAAAUGUGUAAGGAGAAGUAAGAUUCAGAUCCCUGAGAAUGUAGAAACCAAUUGUAUGAUAGAGCCUGUAAGAGAAUUUGCAGAAAAAGAAAUAGAAAAUAUUUUUACAUGUUAUAGCCAUGAUAAAAUUACACGAGACAAUGCUCUUGAUAAUCUGAGAAAGGAAACGUUAUAUAACGUGGCAAAAGACAACCCAGAAGUUACUUCAGCUGUUAUGGAAGCUUUCCAAGAGCUUGUUAAAGACACCUUCAGAUCUUUAAUAUUUCAAACAAAUAAAAGAUGCGAUGGUCGUAAAUUGAGACAAUUGAGAUCUAUAUCUUGUCAAGUGAACUUACUCGAGCCACUUCAUGGUUCUGCAUUUUUUCAAAGGGGACAGACGCAAGUUUUGUGCACAGUAACUCUUGAUUCUAUAGAAAAUGCUCUUAAAAUGGAUAGCAUAUCAAUGCUAGCUAGUGGACUAAAAGAUAAGAAUUUUUUUUUACAUUAUGAAUUUCCACCAUAUGCAACUAAUGAGAUUGGUAAACUUACCAGAGUAAAUCGCAGAGAAAUAGGUCACGGAGCAUUAGCAGAAAAAGGAUUAAGACCAGUUAUACCAAAAGAUUAUCCUUUUGCUAUAAGACUCACAAGUGAGGUAUUAGAAUCAAAUGGUUCUUCUUCAAUGGCUUCUGUGUGUGGUGGCAGUAUGGCAUUAAUGGAUGCAGGCAUACCGAUAUCAUCUCAAGUUGCUGGCGUAGCCAUUGGACUAAUAUGCAAAUUCUCAAAGGACGGUCAAAUAGAGGAUUACAAGAUAUUAUUAGACAUACUAGGUAUAGAGGACUAUUUAGGAGAUAUAGAUUUUAAAUUGACCGGUACGAAGAAAGGAUUUACCGCUUUACAGCUCGACGUUAAAGUACCUGGUGUUCCUGUGAAAGCGAUAAUGGAGUGUAUACAAUGUGCAACUGAAGGAAAAAGUAAAAUUAUUCAAAUUAUGAACUCUGUAAUUUCGUCUCCACGAGAGAAGAAUAAACAAAAUAUGCCAGUAUUCGAAACUAUCGAGGUGCCGAUCCAUCAAAGGGCGAAGUUUAUUGGAGUAGGAGGAUUGAACUUGAAGAAAAUUUUAACGGAAACCGGUGUGCAUAUAGAUGCAAAAGAACAGAAUAUAUUUUCUUUAUUCGCGCCUAAUCAAGAUGCUAUGAACGAAGCGAAGAACAUUAUACAAGAAGCUUUAACAACGCAAGCCGAGCCGACGUUAAUUUUCGGUGACAUUUAUACUGGCAAAAUAAUCGAAAUCCGUGAUUCCGGGGUUAUGAUUACGUUACAUCCUCAGAUGCAACCAAUAUUAUUAUCUAAUUCGCAGUUAGACCGGCGUAAGGUACAUCAUCCCAGCGCACUCGGCUUCGAAGUUGGACAAGAGAUACAAGUGAAAUAUUUCGGACGAGAUCCGGUUAACGGACAAGUUAGGUUAUCGCGUAAAGUGUUACAAGAACCAGUUUCCAACACGCAGAAUUUCUUUCCGAAGUUAGACGAUAACAAUUAAUAUCAAACGCCUUAAAUUUUCAAUUUCGUAAACGGAUUAAUCUCUACUCCGACAAGACAAUUUCCAUUUUAAGACUGAGCAUUAAAUACGUGUGAAUGUGGACAUCGUUAAGUGUUUAGUUUAUAGAAUUUCUUAGAGUUUUCUGUUGAAUAUUCUGUAUCGUUUUAACAGUACAAUGUAAAUAAUAUUUUAUACAGACCACUAAAAUGGUUGGAACAUUAUUACACUUAAUUGCAUGUUUCUUGAAAUGUUUCACUAUUUGCCGGGCCCGUAUAAAAUGAUACGUCGUUCAGUCACGUGAAUUUGAGGAGUUACGAACGAAGAAUGGGCACAAUGAUUAUUCAGGAUCAUACUUCAGCCGAUAUCAUCAAAAUGUCAACAAGGGUAAAACUUCAAC